AUGGCGCAGAGUAAUUGGGAAGCAGAUAAAAUGCUUGAUGUCUACAUUCACGACUAUUUGUUGAAAAGAAAAUUGCAUACUUCUGCCAAAGCUUUCAUGACAGAAGGAAAAGUUGCUACAGAUCCUGUAGCUAUUGAUGCGCCAGGUGGAUUUCUAUUUGAAUGGUGGUCUGUCUUUUGGGACAUCUUCAUUGCAAGGACAAAUGAGAAACAUUCUGAGUCGGCUGCAGCUUACAUAGAGACACAACAAAUUAAAGCAAGGGAACACCAGCAGCAGCUGCAAAUGCAACAGAUGCAACUCAUGCAGCAGCGGAAUGCCCAGUUACAGCGAAGAGAUCCUAAUCAGCCUCCCCUUGGUGGGCCCAUGAAUACCAUGAACUCUGAAGGAAUGAUGGGGCAGUCAUCCGCGAGUGUAUUGGCUAUGAAAAUGUAUGAAGAACGUAUGAAACAUCCUCAUUCGAUGGAUUCAGACACGAGUCCUGCUCUUGUUGAUGCUAAUAGGAUGGCCCUUCUCAAGUCAGCAACCAAUCAACAAGGACAGUUGAUGCAAGGGAAUUCCGGGAGCAUGUCUGUUGCGUUGCAGCAAAUGCAAGGACGGUCUCAACUGGCUACUGACAUUAAAGGGGAAGUUAACUUGGGUGCAACUCAGAAAUCUUUGCCUAUGGAUGCCUCAUCUAUUUAUGGCCAGGCAGUUCUUCAGCCAAAGUCUGGACUUGGAGGUGCAGGGUUGAAUCAAGGUGUCACUGGUCUUCCACUGAAGGGCUGGCCAUUAACUGGUAUUGACCAAUUACGGCCAAGUAUGGGUUUACAAGUUCAAAAGCCCAAUCUACAAACCCAAAAUCAGUUUCUUAUGGCAUCACAACAACAGCAGGUGCUAGCACAAGCUCAUGCACAAAGCAACCUUACUUCACCUAACUAUGUAUUUGGAGGAUUGCCUCGGGGUAAUUUUAAUUCAAAAGAUGGUCAACCUCCAAGGAAUGAUGGAUCUUUAUGCUCUCCAGUGCAAUCAAAUUCACCAAAGAUGAAGAUCCCCCAAAUGCACCAGUCGUCCUCUCAACAACAGGAUCAGUUGCAACAGCAAUUGCAACAGAAUAACAGGAAAAGGAAACAACACUCCUCAUCUGGACCUGCCAAUAGUGCAGGUACUGGAAAUACAGCAGGCCCUUCCCCGAGCUCACCAGCAUCGACACAUACCCCUGGUGAUGGAAUGACUACUGCCAGUAGCCUACAGCAUGUCAAUAGCGUGUCCAAAAGUAUGAUGAUGUACGGUGCAGAGGGAACAGGUGGAAUUGCAUCAUCUGCAAAUCAGCUGGAUGACUUGGAGAAUUUUGGAGAUGUUGGUUCCCUGGAAGACAAUGUGGAAUCAUUUUUGUCGCAAGAAGGGGAUGGGAAUAUGUAUGGCUCUCUGAAACAAACUCUUAGUGAGCACAAACCAGAAACUUCUAAAGGUUUUUCCUUCGGAGAGGUUGGCUGUAUACGGACAAGAAAUAAAGUGACAUGUUGUCAUUUUUCUUCGGAUGGAAAGUUGUUGGCAAGUGCUGGUCAUGACAAAAAGGCUGUUCUUUGGAACAUGGAUACUCUGCAAACAGAAGCCACACCAGAAGAACAUCAAUUGUUAAUUACGGAUGUCCGCUUCCGGCCCAAUUCAAGUCAACUUGUGACAGCUUCAUUCGAUAAGUCUGUCAGAUUGUGGGAUGCAGCUAAUCCAAGCUGUUGCCUGCAAGCAUAUACAGGGCAUACUUCCCAUGUUUUGUCCCUUGAUUUCCACCCCAAGAAGAAUGAUCUUUUUUGUUUCUGUGAUAGUGACAAUGAAAUUCGCUAUUGGAAUAUCAGUCCAUUCUUGUGCGCUCGAAUUUCCAAGCAAGGAGGCAGGGCACAAGUUAGAUUUCACCCGAUAACUGGACAGAUGUUGGCGGCAGCAUCAGACAAAGUGGUGUCCAUCUUUGAUGUUGAAACCGAUAGGCAAACACAUUCAUUCCAGGGACAUUCUGGCGCUGUAAACUACCUUUGCUGGGAUCUCAAUGGCAGUCUGUUGGCUUCUGUCAGUGAGGACUGCAUUAAGGUUUGGUCACUGGGGUCUGGAGAGUGCAUUCAUGAGCUCAACGCCAAUGGGAACCAAUUCCAUUCUUGUGUUUUUCAUCCAAGAUAUUCAUCUCUCUUGGUUACUGGUGGAUCGCGGUCUCUAGAGCUUUGGAACAUGGCCGAGAACAAAAGCAUGACAGUCAUGGCGCACGAGAAUAUUGUGUCUGCAUUGGCACAGUCACCCCUGACAGGAAUGGUUGCCUCUGCAAGUCAUGACAGUUCGGUUAAGUUAUGGAAAUAA